AUGUUCUACUCCAGAGAAAGAAUCGUAGCGGCAGCUGCCGCCCUCGCAACACUUGUUGGAGUAGCAUCUGCCGGCAACUGCGACCAUGGUCCAUUCUCAGCUUCAUAUCUGGCUGGUAAGGACGAAGGUGGCGGAAAUUUCUGCGAUACCAAAUGGGAGGAUGGAAUAACCAUCACCGGUAUUGAAGUCUGGGCAGCAAAAUGGCACAUCAAGGGUUUUCAAUUCACCUACUCUGACGGCACCAAGGGCAAUGUCCAUGGAAUCGCUACCGCCGAUGGAGAUCGCCACGCUGGUAUUUUCUGGGACGAGGGUGAUGCUAUUACGAAGAUGCAAUGGUGGAAGAACCAUGAUCAGAACGGAAUUGCCAAAAUUUAUGUCGAGACAAAGAGCGGGAAGAAGCUCGAAAAGGGAGACGGGAAGACUCGUGGAGAUCCGUCUGAUAUCCCGGUUGGUAGUGGUAUUUUGAUGGCUGUAAGAGGUGCAAAUGGUGCUUGGCUCAACAAUAUUGACUUUCGGUUUAUGGGGAACGUUGCCCAGAGUGCUGUGGUGUCAAAAAUCAAGUUCGACGAAGACAUCAAUGACUGGAACAAGAAGAAGACGUGAGCUUUUUCUAAUCAAUACCCACGAACUGAAACUAAUGGUUUACAGUGGCCUGAACCCAAAAGCCGACUUGAUCGAUGGCUGGAUUGUCAACCCCGAUUACAACAAGACACAAGAAUACAUCUUCGCACAAGAGAUCAAACAGGAGACAAGCAAGGAGCUUACUCAAUCAAACAAGAACGCAUUCGGUCUCUCCGUUGGUGUCACAGUGGGUGGUGGAGUCGAAAUUCCUUUCCUCGGCAAAGCUCAAGCGUUUGUCACCACCACCGCAUCGUAUUCCUACGAAGCCAUGACCAGCAAAACGGGUUCUGAAAAGGGGAUCGCGGGAUUCACCAUUACCGAGAAAGGGACCAUGGGUCCUAGAUCGGCAAUUUACUGCAAGAGUACCGCCGUUAGAGGAGAAUUCAAGAGCAAGUAUAUGGCCACGGUUACAGUCACAAUGGCUGGUGGCCAAAAGUUCGACAUCUUGCAGCCAGGUAGUGCGAUGUCAAUUGGUUGGACUUCUUCUGUCACCGCAUGUACGAGCUUUCCAAUUGAGAAGGCUCCUUUGGACGCCAUUACUGCCGCUGCAUCGGUCGAGAAGGCUCCUAAGACUUCUUGGAGGCGUUCGUUUUUGGGUGGUCGUACUGUUCGUUCAUUUGUAGCAUAG